ACAGACAUCUGACGUCACAGAUUUGUUGACAUGGCGUUAUUUUGUCAAACAAAAUAAAUGAGAAUAUUUAUGUUUUCCCCUAAUUGUUAAGGAUGAGAAAUGUUUAAAUAGUAAUGUCUUUUUCAUUAAAUAUUAGUGAUAUAAUUGCACAUGUAAAAAAUAUUGUAGAUAGCGUACGAUGUACAGCUUGUGACAAGGCUGAUGGAGGUCGUACCAGAUUUCUAUGUGGACAUACAAGUUGCGAUGACUGCCUGACUGAAUCAGAAGAGUGUGUGUUAUGUGUUACACCUCCCACAUCUUUGGGCAAACCCAAAUCUGACAAACCUCUUUCUCAGCGAGCUCAAAACGCUUAUAAUCUACUUGAAGUUUGUCAAGACACUUUUCAUUUAGAUGUUUAUCAAAGGGUUUCAGAGGGCUUACGAGUUUCUGAACAACUGAAGGCUGAAAGAGAAUUGUUCCCAGAAUGCAUUCAAGCUCCACAAAAGUAUUGUAAUAAAAGGAAAAGUAUUGUUAUGAAAGGAGAUAAAGAAAAUUUACAUAGUUCUUUUCAUUUUGGUGAGCACAUCUCACAUUCAGAUUCAUUUAAAAUGAACAAAUGUAAUAAUUAUGUUCAACAGUGGCUUGAAAAAACUGAAAAUUAUCCUAGAAAAGCAUUAGCUGACUUAAAUGUUAAUAAGUCAAACAGCACAAGAAGGAAAAUACUUCAACAGAAAACUGUAAAAAGUAAGUCUAAACAAAGUAAUAAUAGUCAUGUCAAGGCAGAAGUAUCAAAUUCAAAGCAAAGAAAAAGACCUUUUUCUACAACAUCAUUUUCACUUAUUGGUCAAGAAAAUAGUGUGCCUGAUUUAAUUAUUAAAAAAUCUAAAAAAAGUGAAUCUAAAACAUUUUUGCAUGAACUCCACAAUAAAACAUUGGAGUGUCCAGACAAUGAAGAAAGUGGAAUAGUAUUGGAUGAUGAACCCAUACUGAUAGAAGAUUCACAGAGCCAAAUAAUUGCAGAAGAUAAAGAUAAACUUGCAUUAUUAGCAGUGCAAGCUGCUGAGAAGGAACAAUCAGGUGUCACAGCCUUGACAUUAGAGACUACACAGGAUCUUGAACUACCUCCUAUAUGCAUUAAUUCAAAAACUAGUAAUAAGAAGCACAAUAAAAAUGUUCCAUUUUAUAAAAAGGGUUCCCUAGCAGAUUGUUCUCCUCACUACCCUGUUGAUAACAAACCAGACAUUGAAAGAGAAAAUGUGUUGAUCACUAUUGAAAAUCAGAAUUUUAUUACCACUAUUAAUAUAAUGAAUACUGAAAAUAUUGUUAAUGACAAAAAAUCUGUUAAUAUCCAAACUAAUUUAAAUGAUGAAGACAGGAUGCCAGAAAUAAAAGAGAAAAGUAAAGGAAAUAAUAACAAAUUUGUGCCUUUGCCAAGUGAGAAUAUUGUUACUGAAAAGAAUCAAGAGUCACAACAGUCACCCUGUAUUUACAAUGUAUGUGGUGACAAUAAUACCACAUCUAAGAGAGGUGGCAUUAUUAUUGAUGAUUCUGAUAGUGAUGAUAGCCUUUUUAUGGGAAGCUAUUUACAAGUGGAAGCUGAAGUUCAUAGAUCUUGUGAGCCAUUAGACUAUGGCAUCCUUAAUGAAAUAAGUACAAGUGAAUUACCACACAGAUCCAGAAAUAAAAUGAGAUGCCUUUCACCAGAUAGCAAUAACUCUUCAGAGAAGGAAAAUUGUGAUCCAAAUAAAGGCAAAAAGCAUAAAAAUGUAAAGAAAAGCAAAUAUUUUAAGAAGUAAUUAUAAUUUGUUAGCAUGUAAUGUAAUAAUUUUCAAUUUAUUAAA